UCAGAUGUUUAAAGGUACCAUUAAUGCACAAGUAAAUAGCGAAAUUACUACUAUACAAUUCAGCAGUCCCUGAUUUUGUCAACAUGCAAGAGUUUGGCAUAUCUUUGAUGGAAGUCCAGAUUAAAACAGAGUCAGAAUCUUCUUUAAAAAAAUACAACAGCGAGUACCCUCAGUUCUAGAGCUUUAAUAAAGUAUAAAUAAGUUUAGGCAUAGUCCAGCUUCUUUAGAAACUCUGAAUCCAUGUAUGGAAGGUUCAGAUUUAUUUUCCAUAAUAUGAUAAAUUGGCCUGUCAAACCACUUCAAAUUAUUUUCUUUUAAAAAUGGGCAUGUUGAUAAAAGGUCAAGCCAAAUUAACCUAUUUUUUUUUAUUUAUUGUUCAGAUCUAUUCAACUUUAUUAUUAUUAUUGUUAUCAUUGAACUGUUAUAGAUCAUCUUAUUUUAAUGUUUAUGUAUUUAUUUAUUUUUUGGCGCAACAGAUUUUUUGUAUAAAUCAUUAAAUUUCACAGGAAACCUUAAAGAAAAAGCAUCGUUACAUUAUUCUUCAUCAGAAUGACUUUAAUCAAACAUUUCAGGUCACACAUGAUGGUCUCGUAGCGCACGGAUUGACCAUGAAUUCUCCAACGGCGUCAAUCUACCUUGCUACUACAAUUGCGGCCGAGCGCCACCUUCUCUUUCUCCACUCGAUUGGAUUGGAGAGGAAUUUAUCGGAUUACAUUUUUGAUUGGUCGGCUACGCCUCGUUGAGUGGCGCGUCAGCCUCAUUGCAUCACCGUCAUGAUUCUGCCCCCACCACCUCGUCUCUGGCAGCAGAGCUCUGGGAUGCUGAAGCAGAGCAGAGGAGUAUCGGUGUGAGUUCGAAGAGGACGCAGAGUGAGAUGUAAAUGGAGAUGCAGCGCUAUCGCCAAGAAUCUGGACAUUCGUUCAGCUCUAAAGUGCUUUGCAUUAAAUUGCAAAUAGCAUCUCUUCUCGCUAAAGCAAUCCAUUAUUGACAAUUAAUGUCAAAACACAUGCUCGAGCAGCUUGAUGCUGCCUCACUGGGUGGAACAUCACUAAUGGAAGGAAAACCAUAUAAGAGCCAGGUCGUCAAAAUACACCUAAGAGCAGCAUAAUGCCUUCGAAAGUAUCAUGUUUAUACAUACUGACAGUGGUCUGCUGGGCGAGCGCCUUGUGGUACUUGAGCAUUACGCGCCCGACGUCCACAUAUGUCGGCCACAUGGCUGUGCCUAAACGAAGGAUAAUGAAACCACCUCCCAAAAACAUCACAUUUACCAACAUCCGCACCCGCCCCCUUAACCCACAUGCCUUUGAAUUUAUAAUAAAUGAACCGAAAAAGUGUGAAAGCGUUGCUCCCUUCCUGGUUAUCCUCAUCAGCACCACGCACAAGGAGUUUGACGCACGGCAGGCCAUCCGGGAGACCUGGGGCGACGAGAGCACCUUCAGCGACAUUCGCAUUCUCACCAUCUUUCUUCUGGGCAGGAACACCGAUGACGUACUUAACCAGAUGGUGGAGCAGGAGAGCCAGAUCUUCCAUGACAUUGUAGUGGAGAACUUUUUUGAUUCAUACCACAAUCUCACCCUGAAGACCCUAAUGGGCAUGCGAUGGGUGGCGACAUUCUGCCCAAAGGCACAGUAUGUCAUGAAGACGGACAGUGACAUCUUUGUCAACAUGGACAAUCUUAUUUACAAGCUUUUAAAGCCCAGAACCAAGCCCAGAAGGAGAUACUUUACAGGCUAUGUGAUAAAUGGUGGUCCCAUCAGGGAUAUGCGCAGCAAGUGGUACAUGCCCAGAGACUUGUACCCUGAAAACAAAUACCCACCGUUCUGUUCAGGCACCGGCUACGUGUUCUCAGCAGACGUAGCCGAGCUAAUCUACAAGACUUCGUUGCACACAAGACUGUUGCAUCUGGAGGACGUGUAUGUGGGAAUGUGUUUGCGUAAACUAGGCAUACACCCUUAUCAGAACAGUGGGUUCAAUCACUGGAAAAUGGCGUACAGUCUGUGCAGGUACAGGCGGGUUAUCACAGUCCACCAGAUCCCCCCGGAGGAGAUGCACCGUAUCUGGAAUGACAUGUCCAGCAAGAAGCACCUCAGAUGUUAGGGGACAUGAGGAUCAAUGAACAACUUCAAUUUAUCCCACUGGCUCCCUCCCCAAACUCAUUUACUUUGGCCUUUGUAUCCUACUACAUAUUGUCACAUUUAAUCAUAUAAAAACUGCAGCUGUUUAAGCAAGUUCAGUUUCAUGACCCAUGGAUUCAUUAUUAUCUAUGUCUUCUGCUAAUUACAUCAUUUGUAUGGUGUGUAUUUUCACUCAUUCUUAACGCGAUUGUUCAGGAGUUUUAAAGUUAAAUGUUUAUGGGCUGUUAGUAUAUUACCUACAGGAGGUAACUCUCAAAGCACUGUUAAGUACAAAUCCAGUUUGGUUGCUUCCAGAGGUUGAAGCCUAGUCUGAUAUAGACAGAAGGAUAAACGUGGACCGAUUUAAAACCCACUUCAGUCCAAAUAACAUCAUAGCGGUUUACGUAAACACUAGUUUGACAUAUUUGCAUCUGAGGGUUAUUAACAAAAAAGCAGAUCAUUAUUUACAAAGGAAAUGGAGAUAGGAGGCAGUGUACCAACAGUGGCCUUCCAACGGGAAAGACAUGUUAACACUGCAUGCAGUUAUGCCCAGACUUAUUCAUACCCCUGGCAGAUUUGGUUUAAAUUAAUCCUUUAAUUUCAAUAUCACAUUUCUUCUGACUGUAAAUAUUAUUAGCAUUUUAGAGUGGCGCGGCCAGACUCCUGACUGAAUAAGACAGAGAAUCUCUGGAGAGAGCUAAAGAUUAGGGUGAUGAGAAGGAGGCCCUUCAACCUCAGAUUUGGAGCUCAUCAUCAAAGAUAAAUCAUCAACGGACCAGUGGAAAACGCUGGUCAACAAUUCUAAUGGUUUGACUGCUGUAAUGCUAAUAAAUGUUUUUUUCCCAUAAUUAUCUAGAAUCAAAAUAGAUACAUCUUUUUAUUGUCAUUAACGUUUGAGAUAUGCAUGUCUCAUUAAACCUCUUUGGUUUCAUGAAAAUAAUUUUAGAUCUAAAUCUGCCUCUGGUAUGCAUUAUUUGGGGUUAACACCCUUACACUCCUUGUUACAUAAUAAGUAAGGUGUCUGUUAGAUAGUUGCUAUGAUCAGAAAUGCUUUACCUGUUCCCCUCUAUGGCUUUUUCAUGCAGUAAGGUCAUUGUUAAAGCACUGCCUCGUAAAUGAAAUGCCUUGGUGAGUAAUGGCACCAUUCCUGAGGUUUUCCAGGCUAGUGUUAAAACAUCUGCAUAGCCUUAGAACAACACUGUUAAUGGUUUUUAAUUACACCAUUUAAGCAAAUGAUGGAAGCUUUGUAAUCUUUGAACUAUGAGAUCUAACAGCAGCAUUUGAUACUGUUGAUCCCAGUAUUCGUAUCUGAUGUCUGCAUUGAGUUCGGAAUAAAGGUGCUGCAUUGAAUUGACUACAUUGUACCUGAGUGACAGAAGUUUCUGUAUUUACAUCGACAAUUUUCUGUCUACUCCAGCACCUCUUUCCUGUGGAGUUCCUGAGGGUUUAAUCCUUUUUAGCUGCUUUUUCCUCUAUUUUGUUUCUCUGUACCUAUAUCUUUGGCAUCUAGUCACGGUUGGCUGUGAAUUUUUCAAGCUUCAGUGAAAGUAAAACUGAGGUUGUUUUAUUCCACCCUAACAGAAAAUAUUGUUGUUUUGGAUUCAUAUCUAAAACAUGGUGUUACCAAUAUGGGUUUAAUUAUGGUUUUGAAUUUAAAAUUAAUAAACAGAGAAGCUCCAUUUUGCAGAGAAGCUUAUUUCAUUCAGGGAAGAUAGCAAAAUCUUUUGACAACUCAUCUCGACUACUGCAUUGCACUUUCAGCUGAGGUCAAUCAGAGCUCCUUUUCAUGCCAAUGACUAGUUCAAAAUACUGUUUUAACUUGUGCAAAAGAAAAAAACAAAACAAGACACACAAGAGAUUGGGCUUUUUAAGUCUUAGCUCCCAAAGUUUGUAACAACUUGCCUUUAAGGUUAGACAGGGAUGUUUUUUUCUCCUGUUUUGAGGUCUCUUUAGAAACAUAUCUAUUCACGGUGACCUUCUGCUUAGUGUGAGUGGCUACUUUUCUAUUAUUGCUUCUUUUUUCUUACAAUUGUUCUGCUUUAACUCUGUAGUUUGUUUUUAUGUAUUUUUAUCACCAUUUAUGUGUGGUUUGAUGUCUUUUACAUAUUUUAUUAUUGUAC